AUGCCCCUUGGAUAUCUUGCCUUCACAGCCUUCCUGGGGCAACUGCUGGGCAUCAUGGGGCAGGCCACUGUCACCCAGCAAGAAGGGCAAGUCACGCUGAAGCAGAGAGACACCUUCCAAACCACCUGCACAUACCAGAUCUCCAAUUUUUGGGCCUUAUUCUGGUACCAGCAGAAUAAAGACCAGGGCCCCCAGCUGAUCUCAUUUCACACAGAAGCUGGCUCCAAGCAGAGCGGCCGUUUCACCACAUUGCUGAACACCGCAGGGAAAUCCAGUGUCCUGAAGCUGGAGGAAGUUGAGGUCUCUGACAGUGCCUUGUACCUCUGUGCUGCACGCCUGCCAGUUGCCAAUCAGGGAUAUGUGAAACUUGCAUUUGGAACUGGAACCCAACUUCUUGUUAUCCCAAAUGUUACUCCAUCUCCUUCAGUCUACAGGCUGAUCUCUAAAGACGAUGAGGAUUUGGAAAUGUGCCUGAUCACAGACUACUCCCCUGAAAAGCUUACUCUUAACUCGGCUGAGAAGCAGACAAAUGCUAUUGUGGAGGUGACAACAUCUGAAAACAAACAGGAAGCUAGUUACCUGUCAACCUACUGGGCCAAGAAAGAUGAAAUGCAGUGUGGUGCAAAACAUGAGGGCUUUGGAGAACUGGAGGUCAAGGAUCCUGAAAGUGGUGCCAGCACUGUCUGUGUUACAGGAAUGUCUCUACACUUCAGGACAGAUGAAAACCUGAACAUGCUGUCUUUAUCACAGCUGGGCCUGAAAAUAAUUUUAAUGAAAGGAAUAAUUUUUAAUGUGCUGAUGACAAUGCUCAUAUGGAAAAAGAAGAAUGAAAGUAACCAGAUGGUGCAGUCCUGAAUUAAAAAAAAAAUCUGCUGAGGAAUCUUUACCAGAGCAUCACAUGCAAGAGGGAACACAGAUAUCACUUGCUGUUUCUGUAUAUUGUGCCAGCCUUUAUAGUCUAAAUUGCUUUACUUGCAUUGUUAUAAAGCUACUCAAAAAUAAGCUUAACAUUUUCAGCAUUCUGCUCCCCCCAGAUACCUGAUUCAUUCAGCAUGACAAUGCCUCUUUCUGCCUGAAGCAUAGCUUGCUGUAACUAUGAAUUGCCAAACAUCACUAUUACUUACAUUAAAAUAACACACAAUUUCUGCUUGGGCCAGUGUUGCUGAAGACUGCAAGCUAAAUAUCACUUGAGUGCAAAUUUUUCAUAUUUGGGUAGCUUUCAAGUAUGCACAUCUUAAAGUGCACACCCACAGGCACCAUUUCUGUUGCAAAUGAUACACUCUGAAAAGCAAAGAAAGACUUAUUCAAGGGUGCUGUGCAUCAAGUCCUGCUAUCUUUUGCUAGAUCACAGCAAGGUAUGUCUGGGGUUUUUUUCCACAAAAUGCUUCAAGGUCUCCCAGGAGUUCUGAAUUCCAUGAAAUUCUCACUUCAUUAUCACAGAACAAAACAAUGUUUAGUAUUUUUUUAAAGUCUAUCUGGCCUUAACGUUUUCUGAAUUUAAACCAGUUUAGAUUUGGUUUUGCAUUUAGAAAAAAUACAAACUACUUUUGUUGUUUGUUUUUUUUUUUUUUUGUUUAGUUAUAACAACCUUAGUUUUCCCAAUUUCUUUUUAUAAUCAUUGCAUAAAACUAUACUGAAAUAUUUGCCUGUCCAUGUGUCUACUCCUUGUAUGUGCAUGUAUGUGAAAUUCACAUGAUGCUAAUUCUUGAAUUGUACUGGCAACUACACUGAUGUCUUGGCAUUUCUUUAGGCCUUUGGCUGCUAUUAAAAAAUUCUUAUCAAAAAUAA